AACACAAACCUUUGUAAGAGGAAGUAAAGGUUUCGACUAGAUGAGAAAUUAGGCUUGGUUACCUUAGUAACUAACCAGCAGCAAAAAACGCACACUCACACUCAAGUAGGUUUUGUGCUGAGAGCAGGAACCAACAUGGAUGAGCUCGAUUUGCUGUUGGAAGAGCUGUCCCUGAAUUCAGCGGAUUCAGAGAGUGUCAAUGAAAACAGGAGGAAUGAUAAAUCUGAUGGAGAGUCACUGAAACUCCAGGAUAUUUCGAUUGUGUCUCCGCAGGUGCCAGAUGCAGGCUAUGCUGGGCUUAUCAGGAAAGAAAAAGGCUCUGCCUGCUCAAAUGUCUACAGUGAACUCCCAGCUCCCGUGGCAGCUUCCUCGGACCCUGAGUCAUCCAUUAAGGAGCUGGACUCCAUCUUGCAAGAUCUGAUGGGUCUGGGAGAAGGGGAUGCAGCGUCUUCAACAACCCCGCCACCUCUUACACAGAAGCAGUCUGUGAAAAGGAAAACAGAAGGUGGGCCAAAGGAGAGCAAGGAGAGCAGCAGCAGCAGCACAGCAGGUUCAGAUGCCAAGGCCUCCACCACGAGCAAGAAAACAGAUACUAUAGAUGACCUGCUGGGAGGGCUGAGCUCUGACUUGGCAAAGAUUGGCGUGCGCACCACGGCCAAGGGCCACUGUGCUUCCUGCAACAAAUGCAUUGUGGGAAAGAUGAUCACAGCACUGGGCGAAGUGUGGCACCCUGAACACUUUGUGUGUGUGGUUUGUAAGAAAGAGCUGAGCACCACAGGCUUCUUUGAGAGAGAAGGACGACCGUACUGUGACAAAGACUACCAUCACAUCUUUUCUCCUCGUUGUGCUUAUUGCAAGGGGCCCAUUAUGCAGAACAUCCUGACAGCCCUGGACCAGACCUGGCACCCCGAGCACUUCUUUUGCACACACUGUGGAGGCCUGUUUGGACCCGAAGGUUUCCUAGAGAAGGAUGGGAAGCCAUAUUGUUGCAAGGACUUCUACCACCUCUUUGCUCCAAAGUGCUCAGGCUGUGGGGAGUCAGUGAAGGAGAACUACCUGACUGCAGCCAAUGGCACCUGGCACUCACAGUGCUUCGUCUGCGCAGACUGUUUGAGGCCCUUCACUGACGGCUGUUUCAUGGAGUUGGACGGUCGACCCCUCUGCUCACUGCACUUCCACGCAAGGCAGGGCACUCUGUGCGGCGGCUGUGGUGAGCCCAUCACGAGCCGCUGCAUCUCUGCACUCGAUCGCAAGUUUCACCCCGAGCACUUUGUGUGUGCCUUCUGUCUGCGGCAGCUCAGUCAAGGCAUCUUCAAGGAGCAGAAAGGGAAGCCGUACUGCUCGACUUGCUUUAAUAAACUCUUUGUGUGAGACAUGCAGGGCACAACACACAAAUAAUGCAACAGACACAAAUCAAAUACUGCAUCACUGCCAUGUUGAGGUUAUAAUUUCUUCAUAGUAUGAAUGAUGAAUAAAAAUUUGGCAAUAUACUAUUCUUACAUUACAGUACAUUACAUUACAUGCCUGUAUUUGCAUUGGUACAGAUGAGCAAUAAACCUUUCACUUUUUCAGUACUUCAUAGCCGACUGAGAUGCAUGACAUUUUAAGAGAUUUUGGAUACUCAUAUGAUGACUUACAUGAUUAAGAGCGUAUAAUAAGGCGUCUGAUGUAAAUUACGCAUAGAUUUGUAAAAAUAUCAAAGGGAAAUGCUAACAUUGUAGCAUCAUUAAAUACAUGGUUGUAAAACACAAGGAAAAUACUUAUUCCCAUGAUGAAGAUGUUGAAGAAACUUUUUACAUAUGUGAACUUUGGAAGGUUCUAAAAGGUGUGUUGCUGACACGUCUAAAUUCAUGAUGACAUAAAAUUAUAGAUGGAGAAAGAAAAACACAGAAGUGCAGGUUUAAUCCCUGGUUUCCAUUAAGUUAUCCUCAGUUUGCCAUGAGACUUGGGAGAGCGGAGAUACUCUGGCAGUAUGGAGCAGUUUGUCAAGGGGCUUGUCUAUGUGGCCCGAUAGUUUGUAUUGGCAUGGAACUGGACUGGCAUGGCAUCGACAUGCCAACCUUACUCUGACUGACAUUUGGCCCCUAGCGCACUAGAUUCAGGCAACCCCUUGAUUCUCCACACAGGCUCCUUUAUUGCAGCCUAUGGAAGAUUAUUGAAGGUUUAGAGGUGAACAAAGGCGGUUUUAGAGGUGAAAGAUUUCCGUCACAUCACAGAAUCUCUUCACCUGCUCAAUUUGACUGUUGAGGGAUGAAUCGACCACAAAUUGCUUUAAUGCUUUAGAGAAAAAUUAUCCUCGGUGAUAUACCUUACAUGUCUGGGCCUGUUUUGGUGUUUCCUGACAUUUUUUUGUUCACUCCCACUUGAUAACUAUUAGUGUGGAUGUUAUGUCAGGGUGAGAUACUUGCAGCACAGUCAGAAUGAAGCUCCGCAAGAGGAACUGUUUUAUGUAUUAAAUGUGAGAUUUUGUUGUCAGUUCUGCAGAAUCAUAUCAUAACAAAAUAAGUGUUUUUAAGCUAAAACAAAUUGCAAUUUCCAAACUGCAAGAAUUGCAACAAGCUCCUUAAUCCAACUGAAGCAGAGGUAUUCAUGAAGCUACAAAAUCCACAUUGUUCCCUUACGUCCCUGCAUAUGUGCUCCCUUUUUUCUUGUUUUAUAUGUAUGAUUGUGAAGCAAGAUACCUUUCUAAUACUUUUUCAGCAGCCAAGUUUCAAGUUUCUGUCAUUGAACACACAAUCAAGGGCAAUGUGACAACUACCAAAGGAUUACCUAUUAUGAAAGGUUUCAAAUCUCUGCAACUGAUAAUACUGUUCUAAAAAUGGAAAGCAUUGGAAAGAUAUGGUAUAGGAAAUCUCUAUCUGAGGUAAAAAGUAAACAAGACUGAUUGGGAGAUCAGAAAAAUAAUUUACACCAAUUCAGUAGUGUUUAGUUUAUAGAAGUUCUAAUUAAAAAAGUUAACACCAAAGAAAUAACCUUUGAAAUAAUACAACUAACCAAACCUUGCCUAAAUUUCCUCAGUAUUCACUUCAGUAGAAUGCUGAGUUCAAUAUUCUGGCAAAAGUCAAACAGAAUCUUAUCAUCAGAUGAACACUGGCUACUUUUUUGUUGGUCCUGUUGGCAGCUUUCUUCAGCUUUUCUUCAAGCCACUUAGACUUGCUGUGUGAAGUUAGUGUGUGAGUGAGAACGGAGGUGGGCAUUAAUCAGGUUGUCAUCACUGUCGGACGAGGCCUUUCAUGGUACCUACAGAAUAUGGACCUUGCAUCAUGGAACAAGCGUGAAUGUAUUGCGUUCAGUCAAGAUCAUAAGUGUUUAAUGAGCUAAGGGCCUUGUGCCCAAAUUCCUUCCGAACUCAAAGACAUACUGUAAUGUUAAAUGUUAGGUAUGUCUGAACACACAAGAGAUUUGCAUUUUGUGUUAUAAGAUACCAGAGGAAGUGAACUUUCCAGCAUGAACCAUUCAUAGAACAACAUCUACUUGGAUCUGAUCUUAAACUUUGGCAUGUUACACAGCUGUAAAAUUCCACAUCAUCACACGACCUGAGUACUUACAUGCUCAUUCUAGUAUCAUUUUUUUUCUUUCUGCACCAUUCAUUGUCACGACUGCAUGCUAUUAUGAGUGGACCUAGCUGCCAAAACUGUCUUAUGAGUGGGAAUACUUGUUUAAAGCUGUCUUUCCUACAAAUGACUUUAAGAGCUAUAAACUAGCAGUUAGCUUAAAUUUGGAUUUGUGAAAAACCUCAGACGCACAUGUGAACACUCACCCUAGCUGUCCAGUGUAUUUACUGAGAUACAGACAACACCAGAGCUAUAUAAAUCCUUGAACAGAAAAGUAAAAAAACAAAAAUAUGACACAGGGAAAGACAUUCUGGCAUUCACAGAAAAAAUUACGAGUGUUAUCGUAUGGCUGAGUGAAUAGGGAGGAAAAGGGGUUCUCUGGCACGUAGUUAAAAUGAGAAAACAUGAAAUGUGAGCGGGGGUCUUUUUAAAAGGGUGGCAAAUAAAGGGCCCUCUGUGGAAAGCAGAGAGAGAGUAACUCAGGUGACAUUUACAGCAGUGAAAUAGAGUAAGAACAGUCGGGGAGCGCACUGGGCCAUGAGAUGGCAGCUAGAACUCAAUGGGGGAGGGAAAGGGAGUGAGGCGUCUAUUGGGACAUAAUGGAUAUUGGUACUGAGGGAGGCACGGUGUGGAGGGCAGGGGUUGAGGAGUGUAGUUGCAAGAGUUACCCCUGCGUGACACUGAAACUCAACACUUACCUCCUCCCCACUAAAAUGGCUUUGUCCGCUAGGCCACCCCUGAUGGGGACGGUUGGGCUGCCUGUCCAGACUCAUACAGCCCCACAGUGGGUCAACACCCGGCUGGCCUUGCCCUACCUUGUAAACCCAGCAACUCACAUCAGCUUUGAACCUAUAACUGUCACACAGGUCUUAUGUACAGACUGACUCAUUAAUCAGUACAGUUGCUUGUAGUCACACAGACACACGGAAACACCAGCUGGAGACAACUCGAGUUGCAAAUCAGUCCUGACAAUGUGAAAUCACAGCUCUGGUAAGUACAAUUAUACAUGGAUAGACCAGAUUACUGUUACAUCAUUAUUAGGCAUGUCCAUGUAUGUACUGAUGAACUCAACAUGUCACUGCGUCUGUUAGGGAUAUAAGUGAAUGCAGAUACACUACUCUGAAAUGAACACAGUACUCUAAAUAAAAAAAUGGCAUCUAAAUUGCAGCAGUAUAUAAUUCAACUAGUGAAUUUGUUACAAAAUUUUCAGAUAACUGAUAUGUACUCAUCAUUUUCACAGUUUUAUCACUUGAGCAAUAAUGAAUACACUAGACUCACAGAAAUAAGCCACAGUUUUUGUCAAACGUAAUUGGUGUAAAACUUGAAAAUCCUGUCAUGUCAUUCAAAAAAACUUAACUGUGUAUUGAAAACACAUCUGUUUCUUAAAACAGUCUUUUUUGCUACCAGUAAAAAAAAAAAGUGUAUCAUGAAUGAGAGUUUCCAGUCUGUUUUACAAGCUGCAUCUUUGUUCUUUGAUCCAAAUCCAGAUGGCAAGUGGACAAGUAAUGCACCAUUGUCAACAAAAUUGGAAAAACAGGAGAACCUAUUUUGACUUGGGAGUGUUCACACGUUAUUCCAUUACCCCACUGCUAGCCUUAAGCAGAAUUUAAAAAUCCUCAAUUAGCCAUUUUUUGCAGUAUUAUGUAUUUGGAGUGGUUUGUUAGUAAGUGAAACCAGAUUGAAAUAAUAGUGUAUGCCUCCUUUUAAAUAAGCUGAAUUGAUUAUAUUAGUGAUAAUAUUUGAUUUUAUUUAGAUGUAACAGCCAGUGAUGCUGGCUUUGCAGCCAUUUUGUCUUUUUUUUGACACUUCUGUAGUUCU